UAGGCAUAAGGUGGUUGCACUUGCGCCUAGCCCUGUCAGUCCAUUUUUGUACCUAUGGAGUUUUUUCUUUCUUAGAUUUUUCUCUUUUUCCCCCUCCCUAGUUCUACUCAAAUUUCACGAUUAAAUUUUGAUCAAUCUAGGGUUAGGAGGUGCGGAUCCGCGCAGAACUGCAAGCGAUCAAUAUCGAAAGACUAGGGUUUCCGACCUGUGUUCAUUGCCGCCAAUACAUAGUUAUAAACAUCUAAGCAUACUUUGUUUCUUUCCUAUCAUCUUGAUCUGUAGAGAUUUUGUUGUUUUUAGCCUGUAAUUCUAAUUCAUAUACCAAAAAGCAGAAAAAAAAAGUUUUGGUUGAUCUUAGAAAUCACUUUUUUCCUUUUUUAUCAGGCAAUUGGCCGUAUUUUUUGGGAUUCAAUUGUCGAGUUUUAAGGUUUGAUUUGGUUCCUUGAAUCUGGAAAUUGAGAUCGGGGACUUGGGUUCUUUUGGUUUUGGUUUUGAUAGUGCGUUUUUUCUCCGUUUUGUCUUUUUUGAAAGAAAAAUCUCUUUGGGCUAUAUUUAGGACAGUUCAAUAAUGGAUAAGAAGAAGGUUGUAGCUCCGUUGGUUUGCCAUGGGCAUUCACGUCCGGUUGUCGACUUGUACUACAGUCCGAUAACACCUGAUGGUUUCUUCCUUGUUAGUGCUAGCAAGGAUUCCACACCAAUGUUGAGAAAUGGAGAGACUGGAGAUUGGAUUGGAACCUUUCAAGGGCAUAAAGGUGCAGUGUGGAGUUGUUGCCUGGAUAAACAUGCUUUACGUGCUGCCUCUGCGUCAGCUGACUUUUCUGCGAAGUUAUGGGAUGCAUUAACUGGGGAUGUGUUGCAUUCUUUUGAGCACAAGCACAUUGUUCGUGCUUGUGCCUUCUCGGAGGAUACGCACCUGCUCCUAACUGGAGGGAUGGAAAAAGUUCUUCGCAUAUUUGAUUUGAACCGUCCUGAUGCACCUCCUAGGGAAAUUGAAAAAUCUCCUGGUUCAGUCAGAACUCUUGCUUGGCUCCAUAGUGAUCAAACAAUUUUAGGUUCCUGUACUGAUAUGGGCGGGGUAAGAUUAUGGGAUGUGAGAACCGGCACGAUUGUUCGAACACUUGAGACAAAGUCUUCUGUAACAAGUGCCGAAGUCAGUCAAGACGGCCGCUAUAUCACAACUGCAGAUGGGUCAACCGUUAAGUUUUGGGAUGCAAAUCACUUUGGUUUGGUAAAGAGAUACGAUAUGCCCUGCAUUAUGGAAUCGGCUUCUUUGGAGCCAAAGUUUGGUAAUAAGUUCAUUGCUGGAGGAGAAGACAUGUGGAUACAUGUCUUUGAUUUUCACACUGGAGCAGAAAUUGGGUGCAACAAGGGACACCAUGGUCCAGUACACUGUGUGCGUUUCUCACCUGGAGGUGAAUCUUACGCCUCUGGUUCUGAAGAUGGAACUAUUAGAAUAUGGCAAACUGGUCCGGAGCAAGACAGUUGUGCUGCCAAUGGACCCUCUCAGAAUAUUAAGGAUGUGGUAAACGAGGUAACUAACCAGAUGCGGAAUGUGCUUAUUGCAGAAGAAGAGAAAACUGGCGCUGAAUGAAAAAGUCAACAGAGACUGACUAGGUUAUGUCUUGUGUUUGUUAGAGUUUUGCCUGGCUGCUUGUAAUGUUGCCGUAAAUGUUCAGGGACUUUAUCUUUGAAAUAAAAGUAAGUUUUUAUCA